UUGUGGAAGUUGCGCCCCUUUAAAAUACCUCCAAAUCUGUCGUUCCCCUCCAGUAUGGCGACUGUGGAUAUGGCAUCUCCCUGUGCACCUGUCUGGGGUAAUGGACGGAGGGAAAGAGGUUCCACUAGGCGAGCGUGCAGAGGGACGAGAUCAUACAAGACAUAAAAGGGUUUCUCGGUCAAGAUCUCCAAGAGGCUGGCAACUUAGCAAUGAUGCCAGGAGGCGUAGGUCCAGAUCAAGGUCCCCUGAUCAGUACUAUGCGAAAAGACGAAGGAUUAACCAUUUUGAACCUUACGGAGGCAGGCCAAGGUCACCUGAGCGGUUUGGGAGGCCUGAGUUUGGGCCAAUGUUUGACCAUCCACCCCCAUCAUUCAGUCAUCCAGUGUCUGAUCAUCCCGUUGGCCUUGGACCAUUCCCACCAUUUAAACGCCCUCUCUCACCAUAUACUCAUGCUUCAUAUGAAGAUCCUUCAUUUGAUCUGAUGUGUAACAGAAUGCCAUUUGAAUGCUCACCAAUUGAUCGGUCUUACUGUCGUUCUUCAUACGAUAGACUGCCACCUGACUGCUCCCAGUUUGAUCAUCCUUCAAGAGAGCGACUAGGUUUUGAGCGACCACCAUUCAUUCAUCCUUCUGUAGAUCGUCAUCCCUAUGACCGUUCCCUGAACUCCAGGUCCCAUCAGUCAUCACCUGCUCAACUGAGAGAUCCCCAGUCAACUAUUCCCAACAGAAAUUCAGAUUCCAUGAACAGGAGGUGGCAGGGAGAACCUGCUAGGUACAGUAGUCCCAAUUUUCCAGAAGGCACGAACACAGUCAGCGAGGCAGAUUUCGCAGAUGAAAUAUCCUUGCUUCGUGCUGAUGGUAUGGAUGUAGAAAACGGGAAUCGCACUACUGGGCAGAAUAUGUCUCAACGAAACAAGGACACCUACAAUGCAGGGAACUGGUCAGGACAAAUAGGGUCAACUGUGAAUAGAGGACGGUUUUGUGGACGUGGCAAUCCUGCCAAUGUCCGUGUAUUUGGUAGAGGAAACCGAGGCAGAGGGGUAACUGGGGGGGCCACUGGCAACACUGGAAGAGGCAGAGGUCAUGGUGCAAUCAAUCAUACAGGACGUGGAGGCAUUAACCGCUCAUCAAGCACAGCACAAAGUAAUGGCAGUAGUGGAAAUAAAGUGACUGCACGGGGAAGAGGAAGACCUGCUCCCCAAUUCCAACCUUCCCAAAACAAAGUUCAUAGUUUGGCCAACAUAAAGCAGCCAGAUGCAGCAAAUAUGUCAUUAGCAGAAAAGCUGCACAGAUUUGGACUGUUCCUGAGAAAUGAAACUUUAAAGGAAAACUCAAUUCAGACAGUAGAGAAUGCAUUGACAGCUUGCAAACUGAAUCUGAGAUCACAUUAUGAAGCCUGUGAACUGUUAAAAUAUGCUGGGCGUCCAAUGUUCACAGGGUGCUUAUACAUAGGUGGACAGUUCAUCAUCAGAGCUGUAGGUGCCACUAAGAAGGAACUAAAACAUGAUGUAUACUCUCAAGCUCUGAGCAUCCUGACCACAAAUUCUGUGGUAGAUAUCCUAGGGAAACGUGAUCAGGGUUUAGGGGUCAUUAGAGAAGAGCUCCUGGAAUCUCUUAAAUCCACCCAGCAAGAAAAUAUGGCAUUAGGAACCAAAGACUCUGAAUUACUUUCCUCAGAUCCAGCAGAUAGUCACAACUCCAGUUUGAAAAAUGCCCUGUUACCUCUUGUUCAUUUAAUGAAAACAAAACCGGUUUCAGCAGAUAACAAAAUAUCCAUACUGGAACAAUCUAUAUCAAUGUCCCAUUGUACCUUCAAAUCAAACUUUACCUGUGAGGAGGGUAAACUGCUUAAUGGGAAAAGAACAUUCAGGGUUCUUCUGUGUUUGGGCAACAUUCUGAUUUCUGAAGGUCGUGGAAUGAAGAAGAAAGAUGCCAAACAUGCGGCCUAUGCUAAUGCAGUAACUGCUCUGACAACAAGAAGCUUGGACGACCUGGUGACCGGUGAGAAUGUGGAAGGCAGUUCAGCUGAAGAGUGGACCCAGCUCGAUCAAACACAAGGUGCAGAGUCCACUUCCCAUAAGGCUUCAAAGAAGAACAUAAAGGAUGUGCAACUUAACUUGUCAGAAGGCUUCAGUCUAGAAAAGCAGUUCACUAAGCUGGUGGAUGGACUAAAGGAUUCCUCCUUCAAGAUGAACAAUGUUAACAGUAUUGACUGCUUAGCUGUGCAGCUGGCGUUGUCCCCUGUUUGUUAUUACAGAAAAGUAGAGAUCAUCGAAGACGUUUCAACUCUUAUAGCUUGUGACCUCUAUAUAAACAACAUUUUUCUAGGAACUGGUGAAUCCAACACAAAAAAAGAUGCCCAAAUUGAGGCCUAUCACAAGGCGUGGGAACUGUUGACCACAACAUCACCUACAAUACUGCUGACUGAGCAGCCUAAGAAGCUUGCAUCUGAUCCACCAGACCCAAGUGUCUUUGAUAAGGUGGUGAAAGGAUCUGGCAAGUAUGGGGACUCCAACUUGGAGAGACUGAAUCGGCUGAAGAUUGAUGUGUACAAAGAUUGGAAAAGAGUGAAAGAUCUUGUCAUCAUGGAACAUUCGGACUGGGUGGCAGAUCGAGAAAGGCAUGCUUUUUGCAUUUUGAACCAAAGUGCAACCUUCAGUGGGCUCCUUAUGGAGUGGGCAUUCACAGGAAUGCAAGGAGGUGUCUAUGAGUGUUCCAUAAAUAUUCAGAAUGAGCAAGUGGGCUAUGGAAAGGCCUCCACUAAACAAGCAGCCAGGGGUCAGGCAAGCCAAAUGGCCAUGAACAGAUUCUACAGAACUCAGCCAGUCGUUCAGGUGGUGCGUAGGGAUGAAUCAAAAUUGUGGUUGUCUUGGGAAGACUUUAAGGCACAGGCAGAGAGGUGGGAGCCCCCAGAGGGUUACAUGGAAGGAAUUCCACUGAACAAUUCUACUUCAUCAGAUGCAGCAUCCUCACUUAAUGCGAGACUGAUUAAAUAUGGAACAUUCCUAAUGGAGCAGCAAUUAAAGCAGGACAACCUGGAAGACGUCAUCUUUGGACCAGGAAUUCCAGGUCCUGAAUACAGAGCCCUAACUCAUCAGGCUCUGCGUCUUCACAUGAAAGUUGACAGCAACCAUAGCUCAGCAGAGGCUUAUGCUGUGAUAUCCAGGAAGAUGCCCCCUGAUGAACUGAUGUCGUGCUUGAGGCGAAAUGGCGGUAGAAGUGGAAAGUACCUCUUGCUGUCAGAGAAAGAUAGGCCUACCUUGGUUGUGACUAGAACCACAACUGAUCAACCAGGUACAUCAACAGAGACUGAAAAUGGUGACGAGAACCCUUCAGUCACAGAAGUUGUGGAAGAGGACGCCAAUGAACAAGAUGAAAACUCAGAAGAGCAAUUGGAUGAUGAAGCAGUCUGAUUCUGUCUACCAAGCCUUGGCUCCUUCCUCCUCCCCCCCCCCCCCCCGAGAUGUAUUUGGACCAGAGUGACUGGUUAACAUUGGAUUCAUUCAGGGCUUUGGCAGCUCCAGUUGAGUGAACAGUGGACUGGAAAUUUAAGUGAUGUAAAAAUCUUACUUUAGUGUGGCUUUAAAGGACCAAAAAUAUUGCUGAUUUCCAGUGUAUCCAACGUUCUGUUGUCAGAGGGUUACAAAAAGCACCGAUAGAUUUGAGGAAACCUGUUUAAUUUUUUUUUUAUGCAGAAAUGCAACAUUUUAAAGCUUUCAGAUUUCAUUUUAAGAUAUUUGUAUAUUCACAUUUGUUUUAAUUUUUAGGGCCCUCUGUGCUCAUGCAAUGCUCUACUUUUAACUUGUUGGGUUGUGACCCUCUGUACAAAAGGUUGACCUUUGUGAAAAAAAAUUCUUCUAAUUUUGUUGAAAACUAGUCACAUUACUGGAUGCAUUGCCAACAGUAUUCCAAAGCAAUCCAUAUCUCAGAUCUGCAUGUGUAUGUAUAUGAGAAUAUUUCAUUGGCAGUAAAUUUUUGAACUGGAGAAGUGAGCUUUCUCUUGUAUAUUGUCAUACAAAGUUUGUAUGGUAAGAGGCUUCAGAAAUCCAUUUGCUUUCAUUCUGAAAAACAUGUAGGCCUAUGGAAUGCUUGGGAACUCUUGAUAAUGCAUUUAGUUCCAUGGCAGCUCUGCUUUGCAAGGCAACAUUAUGGUGGAAAGAAUAUUUGAAGUAGGCGAGCUGUUUGAAAUUGCAGUGUUAUCUUUUUAUUCUGGACUCUAAAUUUGUACAUGUAUUUAAACGUAUAGAACUACAGAACUACAUAUGUAGUUACUGGAAUAUCUUGAUACGGCUUCAAAUGGGCAACUUAAUUCUGCUUAAGGGUAUGCAAGUUUUGGCACUCAUGAUGCAGAAGGUUGGGUGUACAUGUAUCCACACUAAAUGAGUCUACAUUUAAGCUAAAUAAUAAAGAGUUUUUAACAUA